GCAAUUCAAAAUAUUAAACUUACUGAUAAAGAGCUUGAAAUAUAUAAAUUAUCAGAAAAAGACUGGAAUUAUCUUCAAAAAAUUUUUGAUUUAAUGAAGCAUUUUAAAAAAGGAACUGACUAUAUUAAAGGUCAUUUAUAUCCUACACUUACAUUUAGUGUUCCAGUUUAUAAUUAUUUGAUAAAUAGAUUGGAAAAAAUAAUUGAUAUUUUGGAUUCUAGAUUAAAAAUAGGAUAUUAUAUAGAUAAUAAAUGGGAAACUAAAUAUAUUACAGCAGCUAAAGAAAUUAUUACAAAUAUUUGGAAUGAAAAUUAUAAAGAUAAAAUUCCAAAUACUUAUCAACAACAAAAAAGAAUUAGCAGUAAAAAAGAUGAACUUGAAUGUUAUCUUAAUAAACCUAUUAUUAAAGAUCAAGAUAUAGAUGUUCUCUUAUGGUGGAAG